UUUAAAAUGCCGAUCAAGCGGCUAAAGGUUCGAUAUUCGUUUUAAAGCCCUCGCCGCCGCCAAAAACCCUAGCAACAACCAGCGAGCAUGGCUAAGAAGUCGAAGGAGAAGCUACCUCCUCCUCCUUCUCCUACACCGCCCCCCUCCUCUUCCGACGAGGAGGACUCUCCUCCUCCUGCGAUUUCUCCAGUGAAGAAGCCUGCCGCUGCUUCCACCACGGCAGUUCUGCAAAAGCACCCCGAGCCUUCCCCAAAGUUUUUCUCUGGAGAAAAAGCGGAGGAUGAAGAGAGCUCUGAGAGUGAAGAGGAGUCCACGGACGAGGAAUCAUCUGAGGAUUCCGGGGCAGCCGCUGUAAAAGCCAACCCACUACCACCACCACUGCCGACAGAUUCCAGAAACGCUGAUGUUAAGCAAGGUUUCAACACUUCUCCUCUUUCUGAUACGGAAUCAGAAGAUGGAGAGGAGGUGGAUUCCAGUUCUGAAUCGGAGCAGCAGCCACUGCCUCCUCCACCCCAAGAAGCUGCAAAUGGUGAAGGGAAGCAAGCUGCAACACCAAUUUCUGGUUCGGACUCAGCCUCAGAAGAUGAAUCAGGAAGUAGCUCUGAUUCUGAUGCUGUUGCACCUCCUUUUCGGGUUUCCUCCCGCAACGCUGCCGAUCCUUCGUUGAAACCACUAAGUUCCAAGCCAAUGGGCAGCCCUGUUCAGCCAGCGGACAAGAGCCCCAGCUCUAGGAAGCGAUCCACCACCACCCCAGCCCAAAUUUCUGAGAAAAAGAGAAAGACUGCUGAUAUAAUUGGAGAAGAGGCAGUCCAGGAGAAGAAAGAGAUUACCCGGAGGAUUUGGAGCAAGGCAGAUGAGUUGGCCUUGUUGCAAUGCAUUCUGGAUCAUAACGAGCACCAUCACGGGACAUCCACUCAAGUACCGGUGGAGUCCCUGCUGAAAUCUGUGAAUGAUUCGUUAUCCAGCUCUGUCACCCUGACCCAGAUGAAUGACAAGAUUCGUAGGUUGAAGCAGAAGUAUAACACUAUUAUUAAAAAGGUAAAAGAUCCUAAUAAUCCAAACAUUUCUAACGUUCAUGAUGCUGCUGCUUUUGAUCUGUCGAAGAAGAUUUGGGGUCCUCGCAAGGAUGAACCUGUUUUUCCAGAGAAUAAUUUGAAGCCAGAGAAAGCGAAGAAAGUGAAGGAGAUCAUUAAGGAGGAUAAAGGAAAAGCAAAUCAUUUGGCAGUGGAGUAUCCUUUUCUGCGUUGGCAUGCCAAGAAUGACCACGCCAACAUUGCAUCAGUAGUGCAGAGUCAUAUACCUACUGCAGAAGCAAAAAAGUUGGAGGGAAGUUGUAAAAAGUUGGAAAUUACUGAGAUUCAGCUACACAUGCGAAAAAUGAAGCUCUUAGCUUCAUCAUUGAAGCUAAUCGAAGAUGCACUUGCAAAAUAAUGAUACUGAAUGGCUUAAAGUGGAAAGGGAAGCUUAGUUGAGAAUGUGCGGUUCAUUUAGCAGCAGCCUGAGGUGCUCAGCCAAAGCUUAAACUGGGUAAUUAUCAUCGCAGAACGCUCUAGUAGAGUUUUGUCUCAGCUUUUUUCUUCUGUUUAAUACUGUAGCAGAUAACAUUGCUGAAAGAAGCGUGACUUCUUAUGGUCUUUUUAUUAGUCAUUUGGGGAAGAUAUAUACACAUAACCUGUAAGAUACUCUAUUGUGCUGUGUUACAGAUGUUUUGGCAAAGUUAUCUAUGUUUUCAUGCAUUUGGCGGAAGAUUGCUUAUAUUCUCC